UUUCUUCCUUCCUUUAAUAGUUUUAUUAUUUUCAAGUCCAAAAAUAACCAAUGAGGAACUAAUUUUCUUUUUCAUCUAGAUGUUAUCAUAGCUUUCAUCUCAAUAUAUUCAACGAUUAAAUGCCAUGUGUGCCAUUGAAUAUUGAUGUUUUACAUUGGUCCUAUUUAAGAGAAAGGGUCAUGGUCUUCUUGUACAGCCCUUCUUUCCUCGUUUUUGUUUUUGUUUUUUUUAACAUUAUAUUGCACCAACCGCUAACAGCAACUUCUUUCUCCAACUUGGCCUAGAAUGUUUUCUUUAGACCCUUUAUUUCUUUUGUCUAUUUCUGUGUUCUUGUCCAUGGAUGAUCCAAAUGGUCAUCAUAUUUGAUCCAAAAUAAAGUUUGAUAUUUUGAGAAACAAUCACAGAGAGGGAGAAAGAAAUGUCGAAUUCUAUGGGAGUUGGAUUCAUGGCAGUCUUUGCGGUCUCAGGAAGUGUAGUUCUUCUUGUUCAUCAACUCCAUAAGCGCCUCCUUUCGGAUUUUAUGAAAAAGGUUGAAUCUGAAUAUGGUACCAUCUUGUACUCCCAUGGUAAAAACAAGAUAAAGGGAUCUGAGAAAUGUCAAUCAAAGAAGAAGGUCCGAUUUGCAGAUGAUGUUGAAGAACCAUCAUCGAAUAAUGAGGAAUAUCGCAAAAGGAAGUUGCUAAAGUAUAAGCAGGUUUUGGCAAUGAAGUAUGUACAAGGCUCUAGCAAUGGCAAAUAAAUAAAUAAAAGGCUCUAGUAGUGGUGACAACUUAGAGUAUACCAUUCCAGCCAACAGGAAAGCUCUAUGAAAAGGGAUAGUUGAAAAUAAAAAGACCCCCUAUUUGUAAAAUACUAAAAUGUAGUUUUUUUUUUUUUUUUGUAGGGGGGUGGAUUUUAUAUUUUAUCUAGUGGUUUUUAAUCUUCUUUAUAUGAUAGAUAGGUGUACAGAGGUGUUGUAAGUAUCAGAAAUUCCAAUAAAGGGCUCUAUUAUCUUCUUC